UCAGGGACAGAGGAACAGUGGCUUCAGGACUAUCAUGAGCACAGAUGUGGGAGCUCCAGAGCUGAGGUGAACUUCUUACUGUUUCGGAGUGGAAUACUUUUUUUGGAUUGGACCCCCACACAUACACUCACACACUUACACACACACACACACACACACACACUUCCACACUGUAAACACACAGUACACACAUGGACAGCAUGGAUGUUGUGAAUGGGUUUUUGCUGUGACACUGGGAGGCAUGGAGACGUGUUGAAGGCAUGUGUGUGAGGUGUGUGUGAUGAUGGACUGGUGGCAGAGUUGCACACUUCCGUCUGACCAGUGAUGAAGAGAAGGUGAUUCAGUUUCUUCACACUUGGAGAAGAACACUUAAAGAUUAUGGGGAAUUCAUACGCUGGGCAGCUGAAGUCGUCUCGCUUCGAGGAGGCGCUACACAACUCCAUCGAGGCGUCUCUGCGAUCCAGCAAUGGAGAUCCUCAGCCCAUUUUCACGCAGCUCUAUCUGGAGCCGGAUCAGUACACUCCCAACCUGGACGAUAUUAAGAACAAAAUAGAUGCAGGUGGCCACGUGCUGAUGAACUGCCAGUCGUCCAGCGGCCUCGACGACAUGGACGACGAAGUCGAAUCGGACACCAGCAGUCCUCCACUUCCCUACUUGCAGGCCCCGCCCCCUGACGGCUGCUGCACCAUGGACGGAUUCUGUCAAGCAGGGAAGGACCUCCGUCUGGUUUCCAUGGUGACAGAGCCCACCGACGUCCCGGCCGGGUUCGAGCUGGUGGGUGCAAAAUCUCCCAGCAUUCCUGAGCACAUCCUGGUGUGUGCCGUUGACAAGCGCUUCCUGCCGGACGAGAAUGGGAAGAACGCACUUUUAGGGUUUUCGGGGAGCUGCGUAGGUUGCGGUGAGAAAGGGUUUCGGUACUUCACUGAAUUUUCCAACCACAUCAACCUGAAGCUGAGCACGCAGCCCAAAAAGCAGAAGCACUUAAAGUACCACCUGGUGAAAAACUCACAGGGGGCGCUGUGUAAAGGCACACUCAUCUGCUGGAAAGACUGUAAAACAAGGCAGGUCUCCAGCGUGUCUUCAUCCAAACCCAGUUCAUCAUCCUCACUGAGCAGCAAGGAGAACGGAGGAACUAACAGCCGCAGCCCGUCCUCUUUCUCCCUCUCAGAUUCCCCUCCAGCACAAGCGCAUUCCAGUUCAUCUCCGGGAAUUUUCGGGACUCCGGAAGUCACACGUGAAUGCAGCUUCCUGAAACCUUUGAGCUCCACAACACACACCCCUAAACCUUUACCUAUAGUACCUACCGCUUUGCGCGUUAAUGGCCUGGCGAAUGGAUUAAGCGUGGAAAGCCGGCCCAUUCUGCUAAGCCCCAGCCAAACAAACCCAUUGGCCACACCCACACACGGCUACCGGCCAAUCAAACAAGGGGACAGUCCAGCAUCCUCUGCCAUGGCAUCAGGGCCUCCAAAGAAGCGCCACCGUAGUUGGCACCCGCCCCCGGUGAUGCCAGUCCCACCCACUGCGGUGCCAAUCCCGGCCAUCCGCCCCCUGCCCUGCACCACAGUCGCAGGUUCCCUUCUUUCCCUGACCAAUCAGGCGCCUCUGCCCGCCUCCAGUGUUAUACAGCCUCAGCCAAUCACAGCGGGGGAAACUGUGAUCGUCCCUGACAACCUGCUGAACACCUGUGGGGUCCGACCCAUUAUCCUGAUUGGUCAAGGCGCUCUGCCGUACUUCUUCGGGAAUGUGUGUGAUGUGGUUGUGAGCCCCCUGCUGGCCAGCUGCUAUAACUACAGCCAGCUGAGUGAGAAGAGCCUGGUGACGCUGGGAAUGUCACCAAGUCAGAUCCCCACGGCUGAGACGCUCAUCCUGCUCACACUGCAGUACCUUGCACGCCUCGGUUCCGAGCAGAUCCCCAUGCGUGAGGAGUUCGAGCAGAUUGUUCUGAAAGCGGCGGUGUGCGGCGCCGCCAUCCCACCCAUCACGCCCGGGCAGCUGCCGUGGCUGGCACGAGUCGAGGCGAGCGUGUCGGGUGGAAGUGUUCAGGUUCUGCUUGCUCAGAGCUCCCUGGGUGAGGGCAUUGCCGAGACGCUGCGUUCGCUCAGCGAGAACACACACCUGCAGCAGCAUCAAACCCCACGGCUUCCCAACUACAUUCUGAUCAUCCACCCGUCUGCCUCCGCUGGAGCCUCUGAGUUCUGCGUCAUCGUGCUCGGUAAAUAUCAGUCUAGGGCGCUGGCUGAGGGAAUGCUCACCACCAGCGAGUUUUUAAAGGAGAUCAGCUACGAGCUCAUCAGUGGCAAAGUUUCCAGCCUGGCUUCACACUUCAACAACACGUCACUAGGUGAUAACCUGGAGAAGGAGUUGGUGCGCUAUCAACGGAGGAGGAAGCAGCAAGCUGAGCUCAGCGACUCAGUUCACUCGCAGGAAGACACAAAUAUGAAAGUUGACACAAGGACAGAGCCUCUGAGUGAUGUGUUUCAUAUUUACCCCCCACAACUGACUGUGGCUCGGAGUCUUCUCUCGCUGGUGUGUGGCAUCGCAGACUCAAACAGCCAGAACCUAGACCUUGGGCGAUUCUGCAAGGUUGACUUCUUGGUGCUGGUGCCUCCAUCUAACGUCCUGCUUCAUCAGACGGCGAGACGUAUCCGCCUGUCAGGUGUGCUGGUUGAUCUGGGAAUGGAAGAUGUCUCAUCAGCCCAACAAAAGGCAGAUAAGUAUGUAGUACGUCUUGACAAUGAGGUACACGUCAAAAUGGAGGCGUUUAUGAGGAAAGUGAAACAAAACCCGUACACACUCUUCGUCCUCAUCCACGACAACUCGCACAUCGACCUGACCAGCGCCAUGUCUGGCUCCGUCUCUCACAGCGAUCUGCAGGGAUUAGCUGAUCGUGUGGUGAACUCGCAGGAGGUUUUAGAUGCUGAGAAUCUGCUGCUUCUUCAGGUCACGUCCUUCCCUUACACACUGCAGUCAUGUCAUUCGCGCAUCAGCAUCCACAACGAAGUGCACUGGCCCAGCAACCAAGGCCCGCAGGGGGUGCUCUCACCGAAAGAAGUGGUGUAUUUUGGGCUAAAGGAGUACCAGCGCUCGGUGCAGUGGGGUGUCUCAAGCCCCAUCCUGCGCUGUGACGAUGCAUUCGAAAGGAUGGUCAACGCUUUGCUCCAACGUCACCAUCAUCUGCACAGCAUGGUGAUCCGGAGCUACCUGCUGAUCCAGCAGUACACCGAGGCAAUGAUGGCACUGACAGCGUGCCCGGCGCUGAGAGAUCACGUCACGCCGCAGACACUGGCCAUGGUGGAGGGUGUACUGAGCAGCACAGGACGUAGUGGCAAGGGGCACAUGCUGCUGGUACGUGUGCCUUCCAUGCAGCUUGCCCGACUUGCACGGGAGCGUCUGGAGGAGGCGCAGCACAAACUGGGGCUGGCGAGGUUUGCCGUGGUGCUGGGAGGCCCUACAAAUGAGAUCAGCCUCGCACCACACUUCUGCACCCAGCUUAGGGCGUGGAGACAACGUGGAUCUGAAGACUGGUUACCUUUGACCUAUGAGGAUCUGGAAGAUUUACCCUGCAUCGUCAUUCUAACUGGGAAAGACCCAUUGGGAGAAACAUUCCCACGGUCUCUAAAAUACUGCGACCUGCGACUGAUCGACUCCAGCUUUCUGACCCGCACAGCUCUAGAGCAGGAAGUAGGCUUGGCCUGCUCCUACAUCACCCGAGGUAUAAUUCCAGACACCAUGACAACGGUGGGCAAAGGGGUGGGACUGAAGGAAGAAGAGGAGGAAGAGCUAGAGAGAAGUGGUAGAGGAAUAAUGGAGUGCGAUGAACUGCACCUAGAGCUGGACAGACCCCCGAGCAACAGCAGCGCUGCAACCCGAGCCUCCGGCUCCCUUGCAGAAAAUGGCGUCAGUUCCUCUGUUGUUCCUGACUCCUCUCACAAAACCUGUUCUGUUUUCUCCUCCCACCCGGAUCUGGCCACUUGCAGCUCUUCUCCUAAUCAUGUCAAGCAGGAAUGUGACUCCCAGUGCCCUGGGUCUACUUCCUCAUCCUUAUCUUCUUCCUCUUCAUCUUCUUCCUCAUCCACCUCUCCCGGUUCCCAUCGACCGAGCCAGUCCACUCAGACCUCCUCUGCAGGGGGAAAAUUGGCACCCUGCAUUUUCGCCCGCACAGUGGUUCUAUCCCGUGCUGCAUACCGGCUUCUCACCCCUGACUCAGUGGAUCAGCCCAGCUCGGCUUGGGUCCUCCCUCACGCUGACGUCGAGUGGAUCGGUGCACUCCGUCCACCUGUCCCACAGCAAAGCGAUGCGGCCGAACAGUCAAUCUAUUACCGGCAGUGGACAAAAGCACGGCCACAACAUGCUGAUUACAGUGCUGCCGGUUCUGCCCACCCAAGGAGGCUCUUACUGAGCGGACCACCACAGGUGGGAAAAACAGGUGCCUAUCUGCAGUUUUUGCGGAUUUUGUUCCGGAUGUUGAUUCGUCUGUUGGAGGUGGACGUUUAUGAUGAGGAAGAGCUGGAGGAAGAUGCCGUUUCUGAAGACUCCAAUGCUCCCAUGUGCAGCGGCCCAACCUGGCCUGACCUGGAAGAGAUGCAAAAUAUGACCUUUGACCUUAAUCCUUGCGACCCCAAGUUUAAGCAGUGCAGCGCUGUGUAUUCAGGCAGGAAUUCGCCCCAUUUAAAUGGACUGAAACAAGAGGAGUAUGAUGAGAGUGGUGAGAGGAAGAGGAAGACUGUGUCUAUCAGACUCAGCAUGUUUGCAGCCCAUAAUGCAUUUCACCACUGUGAGCAGUGCCAUAAUUACAGCGAGCCCGGACCUGCACGUCCGCUGUCCGACUGCACCUUUCAUGCCUUCUCAUUCUGCUCAUCCAUGCUCGGUGAGGAGGUCCAGCUCCACUUCAUCAUCCCAAAAAACAAAGAGCACCAUUUUGUCUUCAGCCAGCAAGGACACCAGCUUGAGAGCAUGAGACUUCCUCUCCUCUCUGACCAGGAUGGUGUAAAGAGUACCAUCUUCACCCCUACCACAGGCCGGCAGGAUCUGGGACUGCUAAACCUCCACCAUGCACUGGAAGGUGCUCCACACCUCCACAUCCUUGUAGUAAAACAGCAUGAAAUGGCAGUGUACAGGAAGUUUUGGCCCAACCAUGUCCUGCUGGUUCUUCCAUCCAUCUUCAACAACUCCGGAGUGGGAGCGGCUCGCUUCAUGAUUAAAGAACUGUCAUAUCACAAUCUGGAGCUGGAGAGGAACAGGCAGGAGGAGCACGGAGUUCAGAGGCAGGACAUCUGGCCCUUCAUCCUUAUCAUGGACGACUCUUGUGUGCUAUGGAACACCCACAUCCAGAACCGAGAUGGCUCAGUGGAGGUGUGUAACGUAUCUCUGAAGCGUGUGAUGCUGCACAUAGAGGCGACCCCAUCUCUCGCUCAAUAUGCCAUUUGUGGACUGAGGAACUGGAGCAGCAAAACCUCCAUCUCGUCUCUCGGUGCCGCGUUCAGCCGCUGCCACCUUCACGACUUCAUCCUGCUCAAUGUGGACCUCACACAGAACGUCCAGUAUGACCUAAACCGCUAUACAUGUGAGGAGGUCGACUUUAACCUGAGGGUGAACAGCAGUGGACUCUUGCUGUGCCGCUUCAACCGAUUCAGCAUUAUGAAGAAACACAUCCCAACUGGAGGCAAUCAACACACACUCAUCAAACCCAAACUCACGGCAAUGGAGUCUCCGUCCCCGGUGUCCAGCUCGCAGUUUGUGUGUGCACCGGACAGCGUGUGUCCGAUGUUGGACGUUCCCGCUCAGCUCCUGCUCGAGAGGUUCCUGCAGCGCUGCAGCACACGCCUGUUCCCUCAUGCGAUACACAGUUACACACAACCUGUGCUGGCCAUUGACACCUACCUCGACCUCGGGCCUCAGCUGGCAGUGUGUUACAUGAGCUCCAGGCCUCACUCGGUCAACCUGGACCACAGUGGUGUCGUGUUCAGCGGGCUUCUCCUCUACCUGUGCGACUCCUUCGUGGUUUCCGGAUUCCUAAAGAAAUUCCGCUUUCUGAAAGGUGCCACGCUGUGUGUGGUCUCUCAGGACCGCAGCUCCCUGCGUCAGACGAUCGUGAGGUUGGAGUUGGAGGACGAGUGGCAGUUCAGGCUUCGGGACGAGUUCCAGACGGCCAACUGCAGUGAGGACCGGCCUCUUUACUUCCUCACGGGACGCCACAUUUAAACCACUGGAGUCCAAAUGUUUCCUCCUUUUAAUGAAGCAUUGUGAGGAACAUAUCGUGAGGAACCAGGCUUGCGAACUAUAACGAGGAUGGAUGCAGAUGAUUUUUAUCAUUAACUGUGAAGAAUGUUCUCGCCAUGUACAGAAAGGACUCGCUCGAAAAGACGCCAGAGAACACGAUUGUAGAUUGGGCUCCAGUUUUGUGAUCCUACCUACAUGUCUCAGUUCUUACGUUCCUACAUUCCUCAUGGAUGUAGGAUUUAUCUCAGGGUUUUUUGUCAUGAGACAAAAAUGGACUUUGUUAAUACUGCUUUAUCUCUCUUUCUUCAGUUUUGCGAACUUAAGAAGGACACUUAUCUCCAAAGAUCCAGGAGUUUGCCUACCAAAGAAAACAAAACAAAACGUGUAAGACAUCCUAAACAUGAACUUCUCCUCAUAGCUGGAUGCAAAUCACCAAUUCAACACUCACACAUUUCAAAUCAUGAGCUACAGCCAGCUAUGCUAAUGAACUGCUAGUCUACUGCUAGUCUGUGCUCUAAUCUUUCUCCACAGCGACCUUUUCAGGUGCGUUUUUUUUUUCUCUGGGGACAAGCAUCGACAAACAAUCCUUGAAAAAAAACUUUUUUUUAUUGCUAAAUGCCAAAAAUGUUCUUUCCUGUGCCUUCAGUCAGCACCUGAAGACCCCUCCAUUUACCCUGUCCAUCAACCUUGCUAAGGAAAAGAAAACGCAUAACAAGGUGUUUAUGAAGAAGACUAGCGGACUAGCCAAUCCUAAAGAGCGGAUUAGACACGCAAGAAGAGACACGUAGGUUACAUUGUUAGCUUUAGGUUUAGUUUUUUAUUUCAGGAUCGAUCCGGUGUAAAGAAGUGAAGGUUGGGAUAGGGCAAAAUUGACAGAGGUGAACUAGCAUCAAAUUAAAGAAAAUGUGGCGUAGCAUUCGUGACUUUUAUUUUGAUGAGGUGUUUAAGCACGAGGGGGGAUGGGUGUAUUGGGAGUUGGCCAUUUUGGAUGUGGAGAAAAAUGUUAAGAUUUUAUGGAAUGCUGAGAUUAAUAUAUUAAAUCUUUGUAGCUUUUUUUUGGUCAGUGGCGCAUACCAGCGUCUUUUCUGCUCCAAGGUGCAAGGAACCUACCUAAGAACCUGCUCUCAAGCAUUUUUUUUUUUAUUUAAAAAGAAACGUGUCCCAUUUUUGUGGGACUGAUGCUAUUUAUUUAUCCUCGGAUCGGCGAAAAGGAUGUGAAGUUGCACUAUACACUUGGCCAAGUGCCAAAUAGUCAAUAAUCUUUUUUUGUUCAUAGCUAACUGGUUUGAACCGGUUUUUUGACUUGGAAUGAAAUGUAUUAAUGAAGACCCUUGUUGAUUCCGAUGAAGAAGGAGCGUCCGGAAGGAUUUCCAUCAUGACCCCUGGAAUGUGUUCAACGUGACGCGCACAUGAGUUAUGCAAUUUGCUUCUCACAAUCUUGUUAGUUUUUCCUCCUGAAAUCUCCUGCGUGAACGUGAAGUCUGUUUGUGAAUGUUGAAUUACCUAUGUGCUCUACCUCAGGAUCUGCCCGUAUGGUUGUGGGUUUGAUAAUGUGACUUAUAGCAAUGAAAUGUUUGGGUUUUUGUUGUUGCUGGAAUUUAUGAAUGUAAUAAUAAAGUGCUAUUGAUGAGA